AUGAGGAAAUUUCAUAUUCCGGGGAGAAACGGAAAGAGGCUGUGCCCCAUUGACGAAGACGGCGUCGUUGUGAACGGUCAGCGAAAGCGCUGUUCCAUUGCGUCUACGGCAUGGAGGCACGCAGGAGGAGCCAAGAGCCGACGAGGCAGCGAUAUCAAGCGAACGCUCGAGAGAGAGAUCGCACUCAUAGGUGAAGAAGCUAUUUUGCAUCUGCGUGAUUUAUUUGCGUUUUUCGUCCCCUUUCAACCCCCGAAAACACGAGCGAUUGCGUAUAGCAGUUUAGGAUCCGAGUGUCACGGUCUGAAGGAAACGCGAUCUUCGUUGUGCAGCGUGAACACGGCUUUUAGCGCGCUCAGAACCCUGAUUCCAACCGAGCCGGCCGACCGGAAGCUGUCGAAAAUAGAGACCUUAAGACUGGCCAGCAGUUACAUUAGCCAUUUGGCCGCCAUACUCGUCGCGGGUGCUGUAGAUCAACCCUGCACACGUCUUUUGGAGAGCAGCGGCGUUUGUUCGACAAGACCGCAAGUGUGUACCUUUUGCUUGGCCAUGCACAAAAGAUACAGUUUUGAUAUCUCGCAGGAAAUCCAGGACUAUUCAAAUGAGGAGACAACAUCGUAUGUCUACGUGCCGACGAACGCUACGCAUUUUAAUAUAAAUGUGAAUGAUAUCUAAAGCCUAAAAGCCAACGGUAUAAUUCUUGUACAUUUUUUUGUAAAUAAUUUCGUGUGAUCUUUUAACAUUUUUGUAAUAAUGAUACAUUUAUUAAAAGUCAAAAGUGUGCGAUGAAUCAAGUUUUUUGACGCUGAAUCGAAUCGAAUUUCAUUUCUUUGUACAAAUUUGUAUUAAAUAGAAUGAACAAAAUUUUA